UCAUACGGUCCUGUCCUGUGUUAGUCCGAUGGCUGGACUCCUUAAAAAGACAACUGGCCUGGUUGGCCUGGCGGUGUCCCAAAAUCCACAUGAGCGACUGAGGAUUCUCUACUCCAAAAUCCUGGCAUCUGUGCAGAGCAUGCCACAAGACGCUGCCUACAGGAAGUAUACUGAACAACUGGUCAAUGAGCGGUUUAGCCAUGUCAAAACUGAGCCUGAUGUUGAGAAGUUGGAGAAGAAGAUCAACUGCGGACAAAUUGAAGAGGUCAUUUUCCAGGCAGAGUGUGAGCUGGCUCUGUCCAGAAAGAUGGCCGAGUGGAAACCGUGGGAGCCUCUGAUUGAAGAACCGCCUCCCAACCAGUGGAAAUGGCCCAUCUGAAAACACUUGUGAAUUAUAAUACUAACGCUAUUA